CUUAAAUACUUAAAACUUUUACACAAAGACAAGUUUUUCAGCACAAUGACAUUUUUUGUAAUUUCUCGAUUGCUUUUUCUCCAUCUCCUUCUCACUUUUCUUCACAUCUCUUCAGCUUUAGAGGUGAAAAGCUCCAACAGAAGUGUUCCCCAGGGGAGGAGCCUUGUUGUGUUUAAUGAUACACUUCUAGACCAGCAUAAGGAGCAGAUCCAGAGCUACAGGAUUAAACUAGUGGUUCCUCUUAUCUGCCUCUUAGCCUUUUCCAUCGGGCUUCCCACAAACACAUUAGCCCUCUGGUUGCUGGUCCUGCGAACCAAAAAGCUCCCUUCCACCAUUCUGCUGAUCAACCUCACCACCUGUGAUCUUCUGCUACUGCUGGUGCUCCCCUUUCGUAUUGUCUACCACUUCCUAGGCAACAACUGGACAUUUGGAGAACCAUUCUGUCGAAUUGUAAUUGCGCUCAUCUAUGGAAACAUGUACGGCUCAGUGGUAUGUCUGGCACUGAUCGCUGUGGAUCGCUAUGUAGCUCUCGUUCACCCUUUUGAUGCCAAGACACUUCGUAGUAACAAGAACUCAAUCUAUAUGAGUGUUUUGGUUUGGAUAGUAGUUGUAGCUGCGGCUGUGCCCUUGUUAGCCUCAAAACAGUCUUAUAACAUAAAGAAUCUUUCAAUAACAACCUGCCAUGAUGCACUGCCUUUAGAAGAGCAGGAAACGUACUUCCUGCCGUACUUUGCUACUCUCUUCUCCCUCUGCUUUCUGCUUCCACUGUUGGUUGUGCUGUUCUGCUAUUCUGCAGUGUUACGCACCCUUAUGGCUGAAGGCCAGCAUUUUGCCCAUGCAGUUAGAGUAACUGUGCUAAUGUUGAUGGUUUUUAUUGUUUGCUUAUUGCCUAGCAACGUUCUCUUGCUGUUGCAUUACUCCAAAUCGGACUUCGCCAAUGAUGACCUUUAUGUUCCGUACCUGAUCACUUUGUCUCUCAGCACCUUCAACAGCUGCAUCGAUCCUUUCAUCUUUUAUUAUGUGUCUAAGGAUUUCAGAAAUAGGUUAAAGGAGGCUCUAAGGUGUUCUAGGUCUGAUUCAGAGUCCUCCUCAGAAUCCAGGACAAAGAUGACCUUACUAUCAAAGAUGAGCACGACUGAAGGAUCCUUAAAUGUAGAAACAGCUUGAUCGUGAGUUUAGCAUAACAGUUACAGAAAUCAG